CGAGGAGGGGAGGAGAGAGAGAGAGGGAAGGAAGGUGAGCAGCAGCGGCUACGGCCAAAACCCUACGCGGCCCCUCCUCCCCACUUCCCCUCUCUCUCUCUCCCACCACCGCCUCCCUUGCCAUUUUUGGUGAGUCCCCCUUUCCCUUCCCCAGAUCCCCCUCCGUUUUCUACUUUUGCUUCCACCGGCCGCCGCCCCAAUUCGGAUAACAAAGCUCUCCUCCUCCCGGCCGCAGGAGCUAGACGCCGGCAGCCGAUCCGGGAGAGGGCCGACGACCUGGGGUUGUGGCUGCAAUUCGAUUGGAGCGAAGCCGGUUCUCUCGCCGCCGGUCCAGGAUGGUGCGGGGGAAGACGCAGAUGAAACGGAUAGAGAACGCGACCAGCCGCCAGGUCACCUUCUCCAAGCGUCGCAACGGCCUACUCAAGAAGGCUUUCGAGCUCUCAGUCCUCUGCGACGCCGAGGUCGCCCUCGUCGUCAUCUCCCCCCGCGGCAAGCUCUACGAAUUCGCCAGUGCCAGUGUGCAGAAAACAAUUGAACGCUACAGAACAUACACAAAGGAUAAUGCCAGCAGCAAGACAGCACAGCAAGAUAUUGAGCAAGUAAAAGCUGAUGCUGAGGGCCUGGCAAAGAAGCUUGAAGCACUUGAAGCUUACAAAAGAAAACUUUUGGGUGAGAAGUUGGAAGAAUGCUCAAUUGAAGAACUGCACAGUUUGGAAGUCAAACUUGAAAAGAGCCUGCAUUGCAUCAGGGGAAGAAAGACUCAGCUGCUGGAAGAGCAGGUCAAUAAGCUGAAGGAGAUGGAGAUGACACUGCGCAAGAACAAUGAAGAGUUACGUGAAAAGUGCAAGAACCAGCCGCCUCUGCCGUUGACUCCAGCGCGCCCUGUCAUCACCGUGGAAGACGAUCGCCCGGAGCAGAACGACGACGACCGCAUGGACGUGGAGACGGAGCUGUACUUAGGGCUGCCUGGCAGGGAUCCCCGCCGAAACAAGGUUGCAGAAGUCAGGUCAGGAUAGCUGUGGACAAGCAACGAAAGCAAGCCGAGAAUAAUCUAGAUCUCUGGUGCGGAGAUGCAGCAAGCCAAGCAACGGUAAAACCGUCAGUGGUGUUGUGUUUACAAACCUGUGUUAGUUGUCCAAUGAUGCAGACCCAACCAAACAUCCGUGUAUGUACUACCCUGUCUGUAGAUGUGGUUCCGUGGAUCCGAAUCUGAAGUAUUACUACUCUCCUGCUCCCAUUCGCGCAA